UUAGUUGUAAACACGGAAGUUACGUUGCUUCAGUGCUGUGUUGUCAUGUGCUGACGCCAAUUUUGGGCAGCUAGCUAUAACAACAGUUUCCCAAGAGUGUUUUAACACGAUUACCAAUUACCAGUUGGGUCUUAAAUUUGUAUCCAUGCCGAGAGAGAAAAAGAAUAUGACAACAAAUUUGGCUGUUAAACCACGAAUGUAAGGAAGCUAGUGUUAGCUAGAGACCGUUAGCUUAGCAUUUUCUUUAAGGAAUGGCAGAUAAAAAAGAGAAAACAUUUAGGUUUGUAAUUGUGGGAGGUGGAAUCGCGGGUGUGACAUGUGUUGAGCAGCUGUCAUCCCAGAUUCCGUCAGCUGACGUAGCUCUGAUCACAGCAGGUCCCCAUAUCAAGGCAGUGACCAACUAUAAACAGGUGUCCAAAACAUUGGAAGAGUUUGAUGUGGAGGAGAAACCAUCCAGCGUUUUGGAAGAUAAAUUUCCCAACCUGACUGUCAUCCACUCUGCUGUCAAAUCACUUUACAUACAAUCACAUUCGGUGGAAACUGUAGAUGGACGGGUUUUUGGUUAUGAGAAGCUGUGUAUCUGCAGUGGGGCCAGACCUAAACUCCUAACCCAGGAUAACCCUUAUGUGCUGGGGAUACGGGACACAGACAGCGCCCAGGAGUUUCAGAGGCAGCUGUCCAAAGCAAAGAGAAUUGUUGUUGUUGGCAAUGGAGGGAUUGCCCUGGAAUUAGUCUAUGAGGUGGAGGGCUGUGAGGUGGUCUGGGCUGUGAAGGACAAAGCUAUAGGAAACACCUUCUUUGACGCCGGGGCAGCACAGUUCCUUAUCCCAUCCCUGGAGGCUGACAAACCAGAAAGAGCUGCUCCCUGUAAGAGAACCCGCUACACCACUGAGCAACCAGCACCUGGAGCAUCCCAGACCUUCAAAGCAGACAGAAACGCACGAGGGCAUGGUUCUACUGCCACAGAGUCUGGCAGCGCCCUUGGUCCAGACUGGCAUGAAGGGAUAGUUUUACAAGGAGCAGAGCAGGUUCCCCGCAGGGUUUCAGUGGAAUACCAGUGUGAGGUGGAAAAGAUCUCCACCUCUGAGGAUCUGCUCAAUUCCCCACAGCAAACACUCAGACCUGAGAAUGUAGGAUCCUGGCCAGUGUACGUCCAGCUGACCAAUGGCAAGACGUUUGGCUGUGACCUCGUUGUCAGUGCCACCGGCGUCGUGCCAAACACUGAGCCAUUUCUCCAUGGCAACAAGUUUGCACUGGCAGAUGACGGCGGCCUGCAGGUAGACGACCACAUGAUGACUUCGGAGCCAGAUGUUUAUGCUGCAGGGGACGUGUGCACUGCAUGCUGGGAACACAGUCCACUGUGGCAGCAGAUGCGUUUGUGGACGCAGGCCCGUCAGAUGGGCUGGUACGCCGGCCGCUGCAUGGCGGCACACGACCUGUCAGAACCGAUAGAACUGGACUUCUGCUUUGAACUCUUCUCACACAUUACCAAAUUCUUCAGCUACAAGGUUGUCCUACUGGGGAAGUUUAACGGGCAGGGGCUGGGGCCCGAUCAUGAGCUGCUAUUGCGCUGUACUAAAGGCCAGGAGUAUGUCAAGGUCGUCCUCAGUGGAGGUAGGAUGGUGGGAGCAGUGCUGAUUGGGGAAACAGACCUGGAGGAGACCUUUGAGAACCUGAUCCUCAACCAGAUGGAUCUGACCCGGUAUGGAGAAGACCUGCUCAACCCAGACAUUGAUAUAGAGGACUACUUCGAUUGAGCGUGCCUGAAGAAUUUCUAAAGGCAUGAGAAGGAAUCGUGCAUUCUGUAGUGUCCAAGCUAAUGGGCAUGUCUUUUGCCAGUAUCUUGGUUCUAAUGCACUUGCACAUUUAAGAAUAUAUUAUAAGGAUAUAUUUUUGUUUUAAAUAAAUUAUUUUCGAAACCAA